AGGAAAAUGAAGAGAGGGGAGACAGGGGUGACGUGAGGUGAGGGAGGGUGAGCGCUGUGUGACCCGUGAAUGGAGUGGGAUUUUCGUGCGUUGAAAUCCUGUUCCUACCCAAUAAUUUCGUUGUCUUAGAACUCUUCUUACUUUCCAUUUCUGGCUCUCAGGUCUGGGCUCUCUCUCUCCCCCCUCUCUCCCCUCCGGCAGCGUCCUUCCGUCCUUCUCUCCAUACCAUCGACUCAGUCGCUGUCUCAUCUCGAUCGGCCGUUAACCAGCGCACUAGGUGCUCUCUCUUUAUAUCAGUUUCGUUUUCGAUUUCUCCGUCGAAUGCCAUUGUUGAUUGAUGGCUGUGAGUCUGUGACUAACCAAGCGCACCAUCUGUUUUCUUUUCCUUCCUUUUAUGUUUCGUAACUGUUGAUUGAUUUCUUGCCUCAAGCAAGCCCAUUGACUCGAUUCUGUCUCAAGGCGAUGGCACCGUCCGCUAAUACAUUGAGAAUGGAGUUCGAGGUGUUCCUGAGUUUCAGGGGACCGGACACUCGGAACACCUUUACUAGUUGCCUCUAUAGUGACAUGGUGGAGAAAGGAAUCCGUGUCUUCAAAGAUGAUGAGGAGUUCCGAGUCGGUCAGAAGAUUAGUGGACAGCUCUUGCGGGCCCUUGCCGACACCCAGAUCUAUAUCCCUAUCUUCUCCAAGGGCUUCGCUUCCAGUCCGUGGUGUCUUCGUGAGGUCGCACAUAUGGUAGAUUGCACUUCCAAAUCAGACGGGAAGAAGGAGAUCCUCCCCAUUUUUUUCGAUGUAGAGCCGGAUGAUGUCAAGCUUAAAACAAAUUUGUACAGAGAUGCCCUGUCUAAACAUGAGAAGAAGUAUGGCUCCAUUGAAGUCAAGCGCUGGGGAGAUGCUCUGGUUGAGGUUCCGACCAGAGCAGGUUGGAAGCUGGAACGAAAAGGGUAUGGGGAACUUACAAAAUUGAUUAUUCGAGAGCUUCUACUUAAGCUGAAGGGGAAGAACAGAUCUCUUCCUGACCAUUUAGUUGAAACGGAUGAUUUAAAACGUGUAGAAACAUUGUUGGAUGUUGACUCUAAUGACCAUGUACGAUUCCUUAUAAUCCAUGGAGUAGGUGGUAUUGGCAAAUCAACUCUUGCUAGCAUUAUCUUCAACCGAUUCCGGUCUAAAUUUGAUUGUAGUAGUUUCCUCGAUGAUGUCCCAUGUCAAGGUCUUUUAGACGUGCAAAAGAAAUUGUUAUCUGACACAUUGGGCUCAACCUCUAUUGAUGGAAUCCAUGACCCCAACGAUGGGAUCGAUCGUAUAAGAAGAGGUCUUAUCAACAAGAAAGUUCUAGUUGUUGUUGAUAAUGUGGACAAGAAGAGCCAACUUGAUAAACUUGCAGGGAGAUGCGAUUGGUUUGGUUCCGGAAGUAGGAUCAUUAUCACAAUUAGGGACAAAAACACAUUGCUAGAUAAGGGCUACCAAAUACUGCCUAACAAUUACUUGGCCUACCCAAUGUUGGAGAUGCCUAUAGAUCAAGCAAUUCAACUUUUCAGUAGGCAUGCCUUUAGAAGUGAUACUCCUCCAGAAGGUUGCUACAAUUUCUCGAAAGAAGUCGUUUCAAGCAUAGGAAGGCUUCCUUUGACUUUGGAAGUUGUGGGUUCUCGUUUUGCCAAUACAAUUAGAUCAGAGUGGGACGAAACAUUGGAGGACUUAAAGCAAGUGCCACAUAGGCGCGUAAGAAAAACACUGAUGAUGAGUAUCAAGAGAUUGGAUGACAUAGAAAAAGCCAUAUUCCUAGACAUAGCAUGUUUUUGCAUAGGGGAGGAUAAGACUUAUGCGGAUUACAUGUGGCGUAGUAGUGGAUAUUCUCCACGCAGCGCAAUUGAUGUUCUUCUGCUCAUGUCAUUGAUAAAGAUCGAUGAGUUCAAUAGGUUCGGAUGCAUGAUGAAGUUCGAGAUCUAG